AUGGGUGGAGAUUUCUCUGGAAAGAACCAAGACUGCUGGAAAGGAAUUUAUGCAUUAGCGGCUCAGGAUGUAUUUCUCAUUUUGAAGAAACCCAAUUACAAGAAUUUAGAUCUACAAGCGUAUGCAGCCUUCUUUCAAAUCUACAAUGAAAAGGUGUUUGACCUCCUGAAUCGUAAAUCUAAGCUGAGGGUGCUGGAGGAUGGGAAGCAGCAGAUGCAGGUUGUGGGGCUUCAGGAGAAGGAGAUCAAGUGCACAGAAGAUCUCCUGAAACUCAUUGAAGUGGGCAACAGCUGCAGAACAUCAGGGCAGACGUGUGCCAACGCUCACUCAUCCCGCAGCCACGCGGUGUUCCAGAUCAUUCUUCGGAGGAAGGGGAAGACGCAUGGGAAGUUCUCCAUCAUCGACCUUGCAGGAAAUGAGAGGGGGGCCGAUACGUCGACUGCCGACCGCCAGACUCUGUCAGAGUCCUCUCCUCAUCCCAUCCCCACCUGA